AUGGAAAAGGUUAUACUCGUAGGAGAUUCGGUUUCAAUCGUGAGGACGAGUCGAGUGAAGUCGCUACUGACAGAAGACAGUGGCCUCCGAGAGCGAAUGAACACUAUUAAGGAUCAGGAAGGAGUGUUAGGAUACCUAGUGGAUCAGAGUGCAGAGAUAUAUCUCGAUACUCACGCAAUUAGGAUCAAAUUACCUUCAUGGAUACGGGCCGAGGUCGGAGGAUCUGGAGAGACAACUGAUUUGGAUUUUGGGCUCGAGAAUUCUGCUACUGAGGAAGGUCGUGGACAGAAGGACAGGGGUCACGGUGGUGGUCAUGGCGGCGGCCACGGUGGUGGUCAUGGGGGUGGCCAUGGUGGUGGCAAGAAAGGAGACAAAGGUAGCAAGAAGAUGAUGAUGGCCUUGAAGAAAAUGAUGAGCCUCAUGAUGAUGGGAAAGAUGGGGAUGAUGGUACCAAUGAUGCUUGGGUCCGCUAAGCUGAUAGCAUUCAAGGGGAUGAUGGCUGGAAUGACGUCACUUAUGAUGUCAAUUAUCAUAAAAAUAAUGGGGUUGAUGGGAAAUGGGGGUAAUAAAAUGAAAGGGGGUGGAGGACCUUAUCCCCCGAGCGGUGUUCCUGCUGGGGCUGCAGGUUGUGGCGGUUGUGGUGGUGUUUCCAACACUUACGGCCCUCCUUCGGGGGGUGGAUGUAAUAGCGGUUGUGGAGGCGGCAGCAUACCAACGUUAAGUAACAGUUACGGGGGCGGUGGAUUUUCGGGAGGAAUAGGUGACACUUAUGGGGCUCCUAGUGAGAGUAGCGGAACAAGUGGAGGAUUUGCAGGAAGAAUCAGGGACUCUUAUGGCUCCAAUUCUGGAAGUGAUGGAGUUUUAACUAACGGUUAUGGCGCUACGGGCUGA